AGGAAGAGUGGAUGUUGGGAUGAAGUUGCAACACCGUGAGGACUAGUCUAUUGUUUUAGCUCAGCUUUUUUUGUGUUAAUGAACUAAACAAAAUGUGUUCAACUGAGAAUUUGAGAGGCUUUGUCAUCGAACGGCUAACUGCUGCUGCUGAAGACAUUUUUGGAGUUUUUCAGAGAUUUAUCGUCGAGUACGAGGCAGAGAUCCAUCGCCAGCGCAGACUGCUGGAUACAGUUUGGAAACCUCACAUCGACUUACACAGAGCAGAUAUCCCACAGCAAAAUGUGAGUGAAGAGGACGAGGUUGUGGCUGACCAGCAGCUCCUUAACCAGGAUAGGAACUUCAGUCGGCACCAAGUGGAACCAGAGCCUCACCAGAUGAAGGAGGAACAGGAGGAACUCUGCAGCAGUCAGGAGGGAGAGCAGCUCAUAGUGAAGCAGGAGACUGAGGCAUUCAUUUGGACUCCUACUCAUGAGGAGAGUGACCACAGUGAACCUGAACAACGAAAUGAACCGCAUCUACACUAUCAUAACUCGUAUGGCACAGAGAAUCAAGAAUUUCAAGAAAACAAGCUUGAAGAUUCAGAAGCAAGCGGAAAUUUAGAAUCAAUAACAAUGUACCAAAGAAACUAUCACAGCACAAAACUGUCAGAGAUUGAUUGUAGUCUUUACCAAAGUCAAAUGUCUCUACCAUGUGACACAUUUGGUGAAGAAAUUGAAAGCAAUUUAGAGUUACAGACAACACAGCGUGUCCACACAGUUAAGAAGACGCAUUCAUGCAACAUUUGUGGGAAUAUGUUCACUUCAAAGUCACAUCUGAUUCAACAUACAAGAUCCCACACAGGUGAGAAACCUUACCGCUGCAGCACAUGUGGGAAAAGAUUCUCACAGCUGUCAUACUUGAAUGCCCAUUGUGUUGUUCAUGCAGGUGACAGAUCAACUACAUGCGAAAUAUGUGGCAACACUUUCGGAAAUAAAUAUGACUUGAAAUAUCACAUGAGAACUCACACUGGGGAGAAGCCUUUUAUCUGUAGCCUUUGUGGAAAAGGAUUUGCUCAGAGGAAUCACAGGAAAGUUCACAUGAGAACACACACAGGUGAGAGGCCAUUCUCCUGCCCUACCUGCGGAUUAUCAUUUACCCAGAAAAGUGCUUGUGAUAAGCAUCAGAGAAUUCAUACAGGUGAAAAGCCAUUUUCUUGUAAAAUAUGUGAUAGGUCUUUUAAAUAUUCAGAUAUCUUAACAAUUCACAUUAGAAGAGCUCACACAGGUGAGCGUCCAUUCAUUUGUAAGACCUGUGGGAAAAGAUUCUUUGACUCAUCUGACCUUUCACGGCACAUGAAAAUCCAUGCAGACAAGUAGCCAUGUACAUGUUGAUGUGGUGGAGAUGAUUGAGUUCCAGUUGCAGCUGCAUCUUUAAUGACCCCAUCACCCAUUAGUGCCCGGACCCUAGGUUGGGAACCAAUGCCUUAGUGUAAAGAUGCAGGUCUUUUAUUUUUACAUUUUCUGCCAGGAUUCAUUCCUAACAAGGAAGGUUUUAGCAACAAAUCCUUCAAAUGUAAUAAAUCCUCAACUAUAGAAGGACUGAUCACAGUAACAUUUUAUUGGUGUAAAUGAUCGUGUAAUUUAGACAACACUGAUGUACAAUGUUUCCCACUGAUUUCAGAGGCCAUAUUUUAGGUCAUUUAAGCAAGCUGGAGGUGUUUUUUAUGGCAUAUUUUUACACAUUUAACUUAAAAAAUCUUUUUUCAGGUAAUUGUUACAUAGCUACAGGUUGAUCACUUUUGCUUUGUGUGUGAACAACACAAGCUUCUUGAACUCAGCUUUGUCACAGUGAAAAUUUGAGCAAUAUUUAGAUAAAUCUAAAUGACUUUCAACAUUACUUCUUUUAUAGCAUUAUCCAGUACCAUUUUACAUAAUGGACAAGAAAUCCAAACAAUCAGUCAGUCCCCCAUCAAAUGUAAAGAUCAAAUCUGAGGUUUGUUUUGAUGAUGUAUUAUCUACAAUAUUUAUUUUUGGGCCUUUUCAGAAGCAAUGAUUAAAUAGGAUUAAACUUUAAAUCUUGUUCAAAGAUGAUGUGUUUGAAUGUUUGUGUUUGCUUUUAUUCAGAUUUUGUGGGGUUUUCCAACUUUUUUCUUACAAAUUAAGUGUUUUUCAUAAAAAAAGAUUAAACAGUUGUUGCUCUUGUUGACAUUUCAGAGCUCCGUGCAACAGUUACACCAUCCCUCAUCAUUGUUCCCUUGUUCAAGGCUCUUUACCAGGGAUGAAGCGCUCUUCUUUUUCUCAAAUGUCAAACCUAAUUGGUUGUUUAUUUGUCUCUCAUUUUUCAUGCACAUAUGGUGGCAUUGUGCAGCUGGAUAUUGAAAGGGCCAGUGUGACAUUUGAUUUUGUCUUAGAAAUGACUUUAAUAUGACAUUCCUUACAGAACAACUGAUGUGUAUCUUGUACUGACAUUUAGGUAAAACAAGUAAGGAAAUGUGUUUUUUUCCAUUGUUUGCCUGUAUCACCCAGUUCUAAAAUAAAGCUGAA